AUGGCGGGGGCGGUGCUGAGCGCCCUCCUCCACAAGCUGGACGCCGUGCUGACGGACGAGUACAGGCUGCAGAGGAGCCUGAGGGGCGAGAUCAUGUUCCUCCGGGCCGAGCUGGAGAGCAUGCAGGCGGCCCUCGAAAGGGUAUCGUCCUCGUCGUCGGCGCAGCCGGUCGACAGGCAGGUCAGGAUCUGGGCAGGGCAAGUCAGAGAGCUCUCCUACGAUGUCGAGGACAGCAUCGACAGGUUCAUGGUGCGCGUCGACCUUCAUCAUCCGGGGUUCAGCGGGUUCAUCCGCAGGUGCCUGAGCGUGCUGACCACGGCCAGGGUCUGCCACCGGAUCGCCGCCGACAUCAGGGGCAUCAGGGGCCUCGUCAAGGAGGUCGCUGACCGCCGCGACAGGUACAGGGUCGACGAUGAUGUUUCCGCCGUCCGGGGGCCUGCGGGUACCACCAUCGACAUCGACCCUCGCUUGCAUGGCAUGUACGAGGAUUCGGCGAGGCUCGUCGCGGUGGGCGGGCCGAGGGCGGAGCUCUGCAGGUUGUUGGUGGAGCAAGAAGGUGCGGCUGCCAUGGAUGGUCAACUGAAGGUGGUCUCCAUUGUUGGGGUUGGUGGCCUGGGCAAGACGACUCUGGCCAACGUCGUGUAUCAGCAGAUCAGAGGGCAGUUUGAUUGCGAUGCCUUUGUCACGGUGUCCCUCAAGCCUGAUUUGAGGAGGGUUUUAGCCAGCCUACUCCGUCAGGUAGAGCUAAAGAACAUAGAAUCAAUCUAG